UUUUAUUUUUCCUAAUAUGUUUAAUGCUAUGUGAUAAAAAUUUAUUUACAAGUGAAAGCCAUCAAGAUGUAAACGGAAGAAUUGAAGAAUGGAAAAAAAAUGAAAAAAAAAAUGAAAAAGGAACCAGCUGGGUUUGAAUUUGAAAAAUGGGCCAAAGAAUCACAAAGAAAAAGAAAAAGAAAACCCAACAAAACAGCAGACCAUGAAAAGUUAGGCCCAAUUCCCCUUUUAAAGUCUUAUGCCCACCAUCCAUAUUGAUGAACUUAAAAGAAAACAUGAGAAAUCUGCCUUUGCAAAUCCUAAAGAGGAGGCGAAUUCAGACAAAGGAGAAGUGGAUAAAAGAUUGAAUAGAGGAGCAGAGGAGGAUGAUGAUGAUGAAGAUGACGGGGACGGUCUUGAAGCAUGGGAGAGAACAUAUGCAGAUGAGAGAUCCUGGGAGUCUCUGCAAGAGGAUGAGUCAGCUGCUACUCGGAUUCAAAAGGGCCUCAUCCGCUAUCUCUACAUUGUCAUCGACCUCUCCAGGGCAGCUGCAGAGAUAGAUUUUCGACCAAACCGGAUGGUUGUUGUUGCAAAACAUGAUGAAGCUUUCAUCAGGGAGUUUUUUGACCAGAAUCCCCUUGGUCAAAUUGGCCUGUGGACAAUAAAAGAUGGUGUUGCUCACUGUUUGACAGAUCUUGGUGCCAUUCCUGAGUCUCACAUCAAAGCUUUGAUGAGCAAGCUGGAAUAGGCUAAGGUUGGCGCUGCGUACACAUGUCCAAGAUGCAAGGCUCGUGUAUGUGAGCUGCCUACUGAGUGCCACAUUUGUGGAUUGACGCUUGUUUCUUCUCCCCAUUUAGCCAGAUCAUAUCAUCAUCUCUUUCCUAUACCACCAUUUGAUGAGGUUCCUCCAUCACGUCUUAAUGAUCCAAAUCAAAAGGCAAAGAGAAAUUGUUUUGGAUGCCAGAGCCUUCUCAGUCCUGGCAACAAACCUGGCCUUUGUGUUGCCAGCCCAAAGUGCCAACAGAAUUUCUGCCUUGACUCUGAUAUUUAUAUUCAUUCAUUGCGAAUUGCCCAGGACCCAAUUGGAAGCCUCUAUGCUGACAACCAAAAAUGGAAAAAUAAAGGAUUCGAGCUUGCGGCCGAUCUUCUCUCCCCCCCAUUUCCUCAGCUUUCUCCUUCAUUCUCUCUCCGGGUUUUCGUCCUUGGUUUCUGAUUCUCUUUCAAUUUUGAGAUCUCAUCGCCCCCAGCAUUCAUCAUCACCCAUCACUGAACGGCCACAGAAGCUUGACUGAAAAAAGGGAGGCGGCAGGGGAAGAGAGGCAUAACAGGGAGAAGAAAGGGAGCUCAAAAUCAGCAAAACCAGGUAUCUGUUUGUUUCUUAGGUAUAAAAGAGAAGGAAAAAG